GGCCCGCAUGCCGCUCCCCGGCGGGUUCCACAUCCUGGGGGGCGGCUCCCCGGGGGCUCGCGUCGGGGGCUACACCAACAGGACCUUCGAGUUUGACGACGGCCCGUGGGCCCCCAGGCGGCCCUGCGCCGAGGACGGCGGCUGCGGGGACGUGCUCCUGGACACCGCCAGUCCCAAGAUGAGCGACCUGGACACGGAGGUGCUGCCCUUGCCGCCGCGGUACCGCUUCCGGGACCUGCUUCUUGGCGACCAGUCCUUCCAGAACGACGACAGGGUCCAGGUGGAGUUCUACGUGAAUGAAAAUACGUUCAAGGAGCGGCUCAAACUGUUCUUCAUCAAAAACCAAAGAUCCAGCCUGAGGAUCCGGCUGUUCAACUUCUCCUUGAAGCUCCUCACCUGCCUGCUCUACAUCAUUCGGGUCCUGCUGGACAACCCGGCCCUGGGGAUCGGAUGCUGGGGCUGCGUGAAGCAGAAGUACACCUUCAAUGGCUCAUCCUCCGAGAUCAACUGGGCCCCAAUCCUGUGGGUGGAGAGGAAGAUGGCCCUGUGGGCAAUCCAGGUCAUCGUGGCCACAAUAAGCUUCCUGGAGACCAUGCUCCUCAUCUACCUCAGCUACAAAGGCAACAUCUGGGAGCAGAUCAUCCGAGUGUCCUUCAUCCUGGAGAUGGUCAACACGCUGCCCUUCAUCAUCACGAUCUUCUGGCCGCCGCUGCGGAACCUGUUCAUCCCGGUGUUCCUCAACUGCUGGCUGGCCAAGCACGCGCUGGAGAACAUGAUCAAUGACUUCCACCGUGCCAUCCUGCGGACACAGUCGGCCAUGUUCAACCAGGUCCUGAUCCUCUUCUGUACCCUGCUGUGCCUCGUCUUCACGGGGACCUGUGGCAUCCAGCACCUGGAGCGAGCGGGAGAGAACCUCAGCCUGCUGACCUCCUUCUACUUCUGCAUCGUCACCUUCUCCACCGUGGGCUACGGUGACGUGACGCCCAAGAUCUGGCCGUCCCAGUUCCUGGUGGUCAUCAUGAUCGGCGUGGCCCUCGUGGUGCUCCCGCUGCAGUUUGAAGAGCUUGUCUACCUCUGGAUGGAGCGGCAGAAGUCCGGGGGCAACUACAGCCGCCACCGAGCCCAGACGGAGAAGCACGUGGUGCUGUGCGUCAGCUCCCUCAAGAUCGACCUGCUCAUGGACUUCCUGAACGAGUUCUACGCCCACCCCCGGCUCCAGCAGGACUACUACGUGGUCAUCCUUUGCCCCACUGAGAUGGAUGUCCAGGUGCGCAGGGUCCUACAGAUCCCCCUGUGGUCUCAGCGGGUCAUCUACCUCCAGGGCUCUGCCCUCAAGGACCAGGACCUCAUGCGAGCCAAGAUGGACAAUGGGGAGGCCUGCUUCAUCCUGAGCAGCCGGAACGAGGUGGACCGCACAGCCGCAGACCACCAGACCAUUCUACGGGCCUGGGCCGUGAAGGACUUUGCACCCAACUGCCCCCUCUACGUCCAGAUCCUCAAGCCUGAGAACAAGUUUCAUGUCAAGUUUGCUGACCACGUGGUGUGCGAGGAAGAGUGCAAGUACGCCAUGCUGGCCCUGAACUGCAUCUGCCCGGCCACCUCCACCCUCAUCACCCUGCUGGUGCACACGUCCCGCGGCCAGGAAGGACAGGAGUCACCGGAGCAGUGGCAGCGCAUGUAUGGGCGCUGCUCAGGCAACGAGGUCUACCACAUCCGCAUGGGCGACAGCAAGUUCUUCCGCGAGUACCAGGGCAAGAGCUUCACCUACGCGGCUUUCCACGCACACAAGAAGUACGGUGUGUGCCUCAUUGGGCUGAAACGUGAGGAGGACAGGAGCAUCCUGCUAAACCCAGGGCCCCGUCACAUCCUGGUUGCCUCCGACACCUGCUUCUACAUCAAUAUCACCAAGGAGGAGAACUCGGCCUUCAUCUUCAAGCAGGAGGAGAAGCAGAAGAAGGGGCAGGGCCUCUAUGAGGGGCCCUCCCGCCUGCCGGUGCACAGCAUCAUCGCCUCCAUGGGGACGGUGGCCAUGGACCUACAGAACACAGAGUGCCGGCCGUCACAGAGCGGUGGGGGCGGUGGGGGCGGCAGGCUGACGGUGCCCACGGAGAACGGCUCGGGCAGCCGGCGGCCCAGCAUAGCACCCGUCCUGGAGCUGGCAGACAGCUCCGCCCUGCUGCCCUGCGACCUGCUGAGUGACCAGUCGGAGGACGAGGUGACGCCCUCAGAUGACGAGGGGCUCUCCGUGGUUGAGUACGUGAAGGGCUACCCCCCCAGCUCGCCCUACAUCGGCAGCUCCCCCACGCUGUGCCACCUCCUGCCUGUGAAGGCGCCCUUCUGCUGCCUGCGUCUGGACAAGGGCUGCAAACACAACAGCUACGAGGACGCGAAGGCCUACGGGUUCAAGAACAAGCUCAUCAUCGUCUCCGCCGAGACCGCCGGCAACGGGCUGUACAACUUCAUCGUGCCCCUGCGGGCCUACUACCGGUCCCGCAAGGAGCUCAACCCGAUCGUGCUGCUGCUGGACAACAAGCCUGACCACCACUUUCUGGAGGCCAUCUGCUGCUUCCCUAUGGUCUACUACAUGGAGGGCUCCGUGGACAACCUGGACAGCCUGCUGCAGUGCGGCAUCAUCUACGCGGACAACCUGGUGGUGGUGGACAAGGAGAGCACCAUGAGCGCAGAGGAGGACUACAUGGCCGACGCCAAGACCAUCGUCAACGUGCAGACCAUGUUCCGGCUCUUCCCCAGCCUCAGCAUCACCACGGAGCUCACCCACCCUUCCAACAUGCGCUUCAUGCAGUUCCGUGCCAAGGACAGCUAUUCUCUGGCUCUUUCCAAACUUGAAAAGCGGGAACGAGAGAAUGGCUCCAACCUGGCCUUCAUGUUCCGCCUGCCCUUCGCCGCGGGCCGGGUGUUCAGCAUCAGCAUGUUGGACACACUACUGUAUCAGUCCUUUGUGAAAGACUACAUGAUCAGCAUCACCAGGCUCCUGCUGGGCCUCGACACCACCCCGGGCUCUGGCUACCUCUGCGCUAUGAAGAUCACAGAGGAUGACCUGUGGAUCCGCACCUACGGCCGCCUCUUCCAGAAGCUCUGCUCCUCCAGCGCAGAGAUCCCCAUCGGCAUCUACAGGACUGAGUGCCACGUCUUCUCCUCUGAGCCUCACGACCUCAGAGCCCAGUCCCAGGUCUCUGUGAACAUGGAGGACUGUGAAGACACACGGGAAGUCAAAGGGCCCUGGGGCACGCAGGCUGGUCCUGGCAGCGGCCACGGCUGCCACAUGGGUGGUGGCGACCCUGCUGAGCACCCGCUGCUGCGGCGCAAGAGCCUGCAGUGGGCCCGGAAGCUGAGCCGCAGGGGCACCAAGCACACGGGAAAGGCACCCGCGGCCGAGUGGGUCAGCCAGCAGCGGCUCAGCCUCUACCGGCGCUCCGAGCGCCAGGAGCUCUCCGAGCUGGUCAAAAAUCGCAUGAAGCACCUGGGGCUGCCCACCACUGGCUACGAGGACGUAGCAAAUUUAACAGCCAGUGAUGUCAUGAAUCGGGUAAACCUGGGAUAUUUACAAGACGAGAUGAACGAUCACCAGAACACCCUCUCCUAUGUCCUCAUCAACCCCCCUCCCGACACCAGGCUGGAGCCCAACGACAUUGUGUAUCUCAUUCGCUCCGACCCGCUGGCCCACGUGGCCAGCAGCUCCCAGAGCCGCAAGAGCAGCUGUAGCAACAGACUGUCAUCCUGCAACCCAGAGACCCGCGACGAGACCCAGCUCUGAGCCACCCUAAGAAGCCCACACCAGGGCAGAUGGGUGGACCUUGUGCCCUGCCUGGGGUCCACAGGAAGGACUCAGGAGGGAGCAGCAGAGACACUGUCACUGGCCUGGCCCAGGGAGGCUGCAAUCCAUUCAGGAUGGCUCCCAGGACUUGACCCCAGCAGGAACUCCUCACCCCAGGGCCAGGCGCGAGACCACACCAGGCACCCUAGAGGCUAGUGGGAAAUGUUUUUAACCUAUUUUUACAAAUCUGUAUCAUCCACAUCUCUACACAGAUGUACCGAAACUCGUGACCAGGGCAUGGCCAAGGUGAACGGUGGGUGGCCAGGAGGGGACAGAGGGACUGGAUACCACCCAAGUCCCACAGCCCUGUAUGGCCAUGCUCUGGCAUUGCUGGAGGGGCUGGGGGUGCAUCAGGGUGGGGAAGAGUGCAUACCUGGACCCUGGAGCGGGGGAAUUCCCGCUUGGCACUGCUGGUGCUGCUCAGCUGGCCGUGUUCUUGUGGCCUCCCACCCACGCUCAGUCCCCUGCUGGCUUCUGCAUGGCUCUGAGGCAUCAGGGUCUGUGUGGUAAGGCCCUUGCAAAGGGCAAGCAGUGGGUGCUCUCUGCCAUCUGCUAUCCUGAGCCCCUCCAGGAGGGCAAAGAAAGAGGAGGGUCUUGGAGGCUGAGCUGGGGGUAUGCAGCCCCCAGGCCUGUGGGGAAAGGCCUUGCUGGCAGACCCGGCAGGCAGGAUCUACCUACCAGUGACUCUGGAUGUCAGAGGACACCAGUUCCUGUUUUUACACUGAAUUUUUCCAGCCAUGGCAUUUGGGGACACUGUGACAGUGUGUCUCCAUGGACCAUUUUAAAAGCAAAAGUCUUGUUUCUAAACACCCAACCUGAGAAGCACAAUUAGCCCUGGGCUGCUGGCCACUGUCCAGGGUCUGCAGAGAAUCCUAGGGCAGAGAUUCCGGGCAGCCACUGCCUCUGCUGCUAGCACCUCACUACUUACCUGGAUGCACUCCACAGGCACACGUGUCACGGGCAGCCUGCCCCGCAGCUCCAGGCUCUGAGCCUGGGUCUGGAGGACACCUGGGGCUAGUGAAAAGGGUUAGAAAUGCCUGCUUUGGUCCCCACACCCAACUUCACAGGCAAGCCUGUCCCCCAUCCUAGCGAGCAUGCCCUUCUACAAUGCUGGGUCAGGACAGCUGGGAAGCUUAGCUGGUAGAGGUCCCCAGUAUCCUGGAGGCUUCCUGGUGAGCUGCCCAUCAGCCUCACCCUAUGUCCUAGAAUGACCCUGGAGUGAGCAGGAAGACCCCAGGUGGUGGGGUGGACAUAGAUCAUCUGAGACCAACAGCUGUUGGGGACCCCCUCCAUUGGGGACCAGAGCUGAGCCCAGUGGGGCUGUGUGUGCACCUCACUGUGUCCAUUUUGGGUACCCUAAGAGGCUGGGAUAAGGGAUAAAGGGGAAGGGCCUAGGUACGGCUCUUCCCCAAUAUCAGGGCAGAUGGACCUUCAGGGUGGGCAGGCGCUCGGGGAUUACAGAAAACGGCUAGGGAGCCUGCCUGGCAGGGUGGAACACGCCCGGGGCCCGGCCGCCCAGUCCCGUGUCCUGGCCUGCCAGGGCCCUGUGCAGAAAGUGCCUGAAAGUCCUGGGUGAGGCUAACAAAGACAGAGGGACAUAGGUAGGAGGGGAGGGACUGUGCAGAGGCAGAGGUAGAGAAGUCUCAGGGGCUUGAUGGAGUGGCAGGUGGCUGACACUGGGCUAGGUGGCCAGAGCCUAGCCUGGCUGUGCUAGGUCUGUCAGCAGCUCCUGGGGUCCCGCCAGUGGGCAGCAAGAGGGUCCAAGCCUGCCUCCAUGUGUGCUCAAUGCCCCGGUCCCUCCCCAGCCUCCACGCUCCAGCUUCCUGCUCAGCCACCCAUCUGGCUGCUGGGUCGAGGAUGGGAGAGCCACCUUGGUCUGUUAGGUGGGGCUGCAGCUCCUUGCACUUGCGAAGAGCAGGCACCCUGGACAAAAGCAUCUUCACAGUGAGGAGGGAGGGAUGUCACUUCCACCAGGGGCAGGGCAGCCACUCUGGGUCUGGCCCCAGACAUUCAAGGAGAGGGGCAAUCCACAAACCUCUGCUAGCCAUUGAGGACACUGGGCCCUUGACCAGGGGGUGCUCUGCUCUGCCCAGAGUUCAGAGGCUGCUAUGGACGCAGUCAGCACUAGGAGUCAGGAGGGUCUGUGUACUGGGGAUGCUGUCAGACCAAUAAAAGCUGCCUGCACGCCCAGAACCUGCUGUACUCUCUCGGCCUCCAUCUUCACCUCAGACCCAGGAGAUGCCUGGGUGCCUCUGGCUGUCCUGGGUCCAUCUGCCAGCACCCCUGGCACCAAUAAGGCGGGUCCUAUCCUGC